AUGGAACAGCAGUUAUUUAUUAAGCUUUCCCAGCCACCAGUCAUUAUCUGCCGGUCCUGCCGCCAUGGGGUGUGGCUAGCUGAGGUAGAAAGCCAUCUCUGGGGGAAGGCCCAUCGAUUACCCCAGGCCACUGCAAAGCAGAUCCAUCAGGACGUCCAGAGCUGGGAGGGUGUGGAGCAUGACCCCCAUGCUGUGCAAUGGCCUAGUCGGAUUACCCAGUCAAUCCCCCACCUGGAUGAAUACCCUGAUGGGUUACUGUGCCAGCGCGACCAGGCCAGAUGCCAAUUCAUCACUCGUUCACUUGACACGUUAAAACGACAUUGGCGUGAGCACCAUGGAUGGACUGCACCAUAUCAUGGAGGUCGAUCACGCCUGCAAGAGCAGGAACAGGCGCAGAUCACCAUCCAGCAGGGAUAUCAGGUGGUGACCUGCCAGCGGUUUUUCCCAUCCCGAAAAGGGUCCCAUUAUAUCUGGGUGCCAUGCCCCAACCAGCAGCCUGAGGAGCAAGCCCGGACCGCACCCACUGCCCACAUCCAGGCCACCGUUGAUGCCGUGAUCCAGGCAUGGGAGCAGGUCCAGGCCCAGGCCAAGGCCGAUCAGGCCAUCCAAGCCAGCCAGUUGACUGACGCGAACCCCUGGCUGCGGAUGACUCGGUGGGCUGACUACCUGCAGGGCAUCCAGGCACGUGACCUGCUUGCUAGCAUGGCAGCCCCGGAGGAAGACCCCAUGGAUGCCACUGAGCAGGGGGUGCAGGUGAUCUGGGAUACUAUGGAGCAGGUGGCCCGCAAGAGCCAGCGGACGGUCCAGCAUUGCGGCCAGGCCAUCCGGGUGGAAGCCGUCCGGUCUGAAAAGGGGCAGACCCCGCACCGGCCACUGCUGGCAUAUAUAGAUGAGGCCGUGAUCAAGAAGCAUGUGCAGCCAUGGCAGCAGAUAUUAGCAUUUAUUGCCCGGACCCAGGCCCCGCAUGACUGGGCCAGCCCCCGAUAUGGGAUGACCGCACGGCAGCGCCAGAAAUGGCGGCAGCUAUGGCAGCUCGCUAGCCAGGCCCCAGGCAGCCAGGGCAGCCAGGCCGCAGUGCCAGGGGACCUAGAGGCAUGGGCCAUGACUGCUAUAGAAAAAGCAUGCUUAGAAUUUUGCAUUGAGCUGCUCAACCAGCGCCAUCGCAGCCAUGAAUAUGAGAGUGCAUUAGUAUGCGCCAUGGCUGUGCUGGGCCAGGGUGAGGCCGGCUGGCGCGACCCCGAGAGCUACCCCCCGAUAUUAUCCCGCGUGAUCAAGGUGGCCCGAUUCAUGGUGGUGCAGAAGGCAUUAUGGAUGGACCCCAAUCCAUGGCAGCUCAUUCAGACCUGGGCGCGGAAGGACCAGAGCGCAGAAUGGGUGCUGGCCAGCGCGGAUGAUCAACUCGGGGAGAUUGAUGAGGGAUAUGGCAGCGAUGACCCCCCAUCCACCCCAGGGGCCCCAUCAUCGCCCCCGUCAUCCAUCCAUAGUGAUGACCCAUUGCCCGCGGUCCACAUUCGCCCGAGCCGCCGGCCAUUCCAGGAGCAGGUGACAUGGAUGAUGCACCAGUUUAUGAUCCGUGGGACCCACGGCCCCAUGGAGACAUUGUUGGACUGGCGCACAUAUGGAUUAAAGGUCCAUUAUAAUCAUACGGCCCCCGGCCAUGUGACAUGGAUGGGGGAGGACCAACUGUUAUACCAGCAGAUGGCAUUCACCAUGGGGGAUUUUCGGGGGUUCAUCCAUGGGUUAGUCACGGCGGCGCGGGAGAUACUAGGCCAGUUAUGCAUGCAGGACCAUGCGCAGAUGCCCCCCAUUCCAUGGACGGCAUUAUAUGACGAUCCCAGCCAGAGCCAGGCUGGGUGGAACUUUUUGCACGACGCACGGACCCAGUGGCCGGUGGAUGGGACCCACUGGAUGAUCGACCGGCUGCGGGCCGAGCCGGCCAUGCAGCGGCAUUUCCUGCGGGGGGGCCGAUUCCACCCUGGUGCCAUCCAGCAGUAUUGGCAGCGCGUGGCCCAGUUUAAGGAGAAAUUAGCCGUUAUGGUGCAUGUGACAGCAGGGCAGCCGGCCCGGGCCCCAGAGCUAUUAAGCAUUCAGCAUUGCAACACUGCGAAUAGUCAACAGCGGAAUAUAUAUAUUGAGGAUGGCAUGGUGAC